UGUGACGCACUUCCUGUUCCGCUUCUCGUGCUGGUGGUGUUGAAGAUGGCGGUUCACGGUCCUUUGGUAAAAAUCCACCCGGUGGUUCUCGCUUCAAUCGCGGACUCUUACGAGCGCAGGAACGAGGGUGCGGUCCGUGUGAUCGGUACACUGUUAGGAACUAUUGAUAAACACUCUGUAGAAGUCACCAACUGCUUCUCUGUUCCACACAACGAGUCUGAGGAUGAGGUGGCAGUGGACAUGGAGUUCGCUAAGAACAUGUACGAGCUCCAUAAGAAGGUUUCUCCUAGUGAAGUCAUCAUUGGCUGGUACGCCACAGGAUAUGACAUCACAGAACAUUCAGUGUUAAUUCAUGAGUACUACAGUCGUGAAGCUCAGAACCCCAUCCACCUGACCGUGGACACGGCGCUGCAGAGCAACAAGAUGAACAUCAGAGCCUACGUCAGUGCACAGAUGGGAGUUCCAGGGAAAACAGUAGGUGUGAUGUUCACACCUUUAACUGUGAAGUACAUUUACUACGAUACUGAACGCAUUGGAGUUGAUCUCCUGCAGAGGACUAGAGCUUCUCCCAGCCGCACCAAUGGUCUGACCUCAGACUUGUCUCAGGUGGCAUGUUCAGCAGGACGCAUACAGGAAAUGCUCACCAUCGUUCUGGCCUACAUCGAGGACGUGCUGUCUGGGAAGGUGACAGCAGAUAACAGUGUUGGACGUCAUCUGAUGGAUCUGGUCAACAAAGUACCCAAGAUCUCAGCUGAGGAUUUCGAGAGCAUGCUCAACUCCAACAUUAAUGAUCUCCUGAUGGUCACCUACCUUGCGAACCUCACCCAAGCUCAGAUUGCUCUUAAUGAGAAACUUAUUGUUCUUUAAGUGAAAAAUAAAAACUUUAUUGAUUCCA